UCGAGGGGAGGCCAUGGAGGGAGACUCUUAUUGUGAAAGCGAGAGAAGCCCGGGUACAAUGCUUAGUCAUGGUGAGUUACCGCUUCCCCCUGCUGCUCUUAUGUGGCGCACAGUUUACCACAUCGGGAUGGUGGAAGUGAGCUUCACGACGUGUUAUAUGAGCUGACUUCUUCCGAGUAAAUAUGGCGGUGUGUGUACAACGAAAGCUACCAAACACCUUCUCCCUCGCUUCCCUCUCAGAUGGACGGCUGAGUUAUUCUUAAUACACUUUUGACACACAACCCCUACUCUUUUUUUUUUUUUAAACGUCCUGCCUCGUGAAUUCUAUCCAAAUGAAGAUGUGACGUGUCCCCACCUCCCCUCCAUCUUUCUUGGACGGAUUUAAAUUUUUGUUGGACUACUAUUAAGGAGGCUUGUUUUGAAAGAUGACCUUUGUAUGGCACAAAUAGUCUAAAUUGGUUCUUAUUAUCGAUAUUUUCCGUGUUAGUCGGAGAAAUGUUCAAGGUCAAUGAUGUUGGUGCGGAGUCAUGUAACAGUCCACCCACCCAUGCCGUCUCUAGUAACUCCACAAUGAGUCACACAGCUUGACACGGGUACUGAACUGGUCCGAGGACUUAUUGUGUGUGUAUGAAUUUUGAUAGAAGUCCACACCACCAAACACCAGGAUCCCCCCCCCACUCAUCAAGUUAUUAAUUUCACCCAUGCUUCCCUGUGGUGCGAUGGUACCACGUAACACUUCCUGUGCGAGAGACUAAGGAGGUGGAGCUAAGGUAGGAAAUGUCAGAGUGCCUGACAGAAUGCAAAGCGCUGGUAACUCCAUCCACGCGCAACGGCCACCGCGUCUUCAGCUACACGCUAGAGAGCCACACGGCCGCCGCCUUUGCCAUCAUGAACGAGCUGCGUCUGGAUCGCCAACUCUGCGACGUGACGCUCCGUGUGCGCUACAAAGACCUGGAGGCUGUGGAUUUUGUGGCUCACAAGGUGGUGCUGGCCUCGUCAUCGCCCGUCUUCAGGGCCAUGUUCACCAACGGCCUGAAGGAGUGCGGCAUGGAGCUGGUGCCCAUAGAGGGCAUUCACCCCCGGGUCAUGGACCGGCUGAUAGAGUUUGCCUACACAGCCAGCAUUUCAGUUGGAGAGAAGUGUGUGAUCCACGUGAUGAACGGCGCUGUCAUGUACCAGAUAGAUAGCGUCGUGAAGGCCUGCUGCGACUUCCUGGUUCAGCAGUUGGACCCCAGCAACGCCAUUGGCAUUGCCAGUUUCGCUGAGCAAAUCGGCUGCACGGAGCUCCACCAGAAGGCCCGGGAAUAUAUUUACAUGAACUUCAGCGAGGUGGCAACCCAAGAGGAGUUCUUUAACUUGUCCCACUGCCAGCUCGUGACCCUCAUCAGCCGUGACGAGCUCAACGUACGUUGCGAGUCUGAAGUCUUCCGGGCGUGUGAGGCCUGGGUGCGCUACGAUCGAGAAAACCGCCGUCCGUACGUCCAGGCCUUACUCCACGCUGUCCGCUGCCAUUCCUUGACUCCCAACUUCCUUCAAGCUCAGCUCCAGUCUCUGGACUGGGACCCCCAGUGUAAAGACUACCUUGCCCAGAUCUUCCAGGACCUCACCCUGCACAAACCCACCAAAGUCAAUUCUUGCCGAACCCCCAAGGUGCCGCAACUCAUCUACACCGCCGGGGGUUACUUCCGGCAGUCCCUCAGCUACUUGGAGGCGUAUAAUCCUUGUACAGGGGCCUGGCUCAGGCUCGCUGAUCUGCAGGUUCCCCGCAGCGGUCUGGCCGCUUGUGUCAUCAGUGGGCUUUUUUAUGCUGUAGGCGGGAGGAACAAUGCCCCCGAUGGCAACAUGGACUCAAAUGCGCUGGAUUGCUACAACCCCAUGAACAACUGCUGGUUGCCCUGUGCACCCAUGAGCGUGCCCCGAAACCGAAUCGGGGUCGGAGUCAUCGACUGCAUGAUAUAUGCGGUGGGUGGAUCACAUGGGUGUAUUCACCAUAAUAGUGUGGAGAGGUACGAUCCAGAAAGGGACCAAUGGCAGCUGGUCGCCCCCAUGUUGACACGCCGCAUCGGCGUGGGCGUGGCUGUCAUCAACAGGUUACUCUAUGCUGUGGGUGGCUUUGACGGGGUCAGUCGACUCAGCUCGUGCGAGUGCUACAACCCAGAAAGGGACGAAUGGAAGACGAUGGCUUCCAUGAACACCACACGCUCUGGAGCCGGCGUGUGCUCCCUGGGGAAUCAAAUCUUUGUGAUGGGCGGCUACGAUGGCACCAAUCAGCUGAACACCGUGGAACGCUACAAUGUAGAAACGGAUACUUGGAGCUGUGCUGCCUCUAUGAGGCACCGACGCAGCGCUCUGGGGGUCACGGCGUUACAUGGACGCAUCUACGUGUUGGGCGGUUACGACGGCAGCACGUUCCUGGACAGCGUGGAGUGUUACGACCCCGAGGAUGACACUUGGUCGGAGGUAACGCGUAUGAUGUCGGGGCGUAGCGGUGUUGGGGUGGCCGUUACCAUGGAGCCCUGCCAGAAGGACCUUCCUCAGUGUCCUAAACCUGAUUUGGAGAACGGUGGAGUUUCACAUCACAAUCAGCGACACAGCACACUGUAAAGCCCCAAUCAUCAAUAUCACCGACCCCCCCCCCCCCCCCCCACAUGCAUACACACACACACACACGCACAACUUAGGGGUAGGACAUAAGUUAGUUAAAACAUCUGAAUGCUGCCUUAAUUCUUGUAACACCAAGUCAGUAUUAUGACUUAAAGUCCACUGUAAUCGUGGGUGUAAUCAAUUCUGAACCUGAUUUGUCUUCUGCCAAACCUCAACAAGACCUCAGUCUGUCUCUGUGCUUACAUCUGGCAUUUGAAGGCCUUCCAGCCGAGCCUCAUCUCCCAGAUUUGACCUUUGACUAAAAAAGGGCUGCAUACAGUACAAAACACCUCAUUUGAAAUGACACAAAAACAUAGAGCAAAGAUCUGACCGAGUACAAAGUGGCUGUUUGUUUGUCACCAUGGAGUGUUUGAAGUGCCAGCGCAAUGCUCGUUAGCUUGGUCAGUGUACCGAAGUACAUCUCCAUUCACACGGUACAACAGACCUCAUGCUAGAGCACUUUCUCAUCCAAAACCAGAAAUCGUUUUCUCAGCACAAACUCACUUGAAAUUGUUUGAUGCACUUAAUUCAUAUUAUAAAUCAACAAGUCCUAUUCAGUUGCCAGUCUAAUUAAUUAUGGCUUAAUAGGGGUGUAAUGGUACAGAGGUGCACCAAAUUCCCACUCAUUAACAGUAAACAAUGUUUGUUGUGUCAUACUUUUACUAGUGAUCAAAUACAAAUCGUCACAGUAGCGGUAGGGGGGGCAGUCAUGCAGGGCACCUCUACAAGCUCGUGGAGUGUCCGUUACCGCCACUGUGGUGGCUAAGUGUCAAAUCAUGCAGAACACAUUGCGGCUCAUGGUUAAUUUUUAGUAAACAAAACAAAAAAAACUGCAGAAAUUGAAAAAUAGAGACAUAAUGUAACGAGAAAACACUCAAAUGUUGCUACUAAUAAAUAACAUAAAGAUACGUAUGUUUAACGGUUCUGUUUAACGGUUUUUGGACAACCCUGACAUAAGCAGACAAGAUAAAUGCUAUAGUAUAUAUAUAUAUAUAUAUAGUAUAUAUAUAUAUAUAUUUUUUUUUAAUUGACUAAGUUUUAUGGUUUGUAUUUUGUACCCUGACUGUAUCGCAAAUGAAGCGAACCAUGGCAUUCACUUCACACCGGGCUAGGCACCCAAGCGUGAGGAUCCUGCACCAUUACACCCCCGUCACGUGUACAUUUAGUUGUUUCUGGUUUUGACACGUCUGCUUCUCAGAGUAUAUAUUUAACAAGUGUUUUUUGGCAUGAGGUUUCUUAAGUGACAUUCUACAACAUGUCCAACAGGUUCAACCUGUCGUUUAUGUAGUGCCAAGACAAAGGAUUGUGAUUGGGACUUUUUAAGAUGAUGAGUCAUACUGUAGCAUUUUCUUUCUUUUUUAUUCUUUUUUUAAUUUUUAAAUAAAACCACCUGGACAGUCAAUGUAGUUUUCUCUUCCACCACACCUCAAAAAGUGACCAUGUUUUUGUGUUCAACUCCUGAACACAAAUGACGUAUUUGUAACAGUCGUUUAAGCUACAAAGGUUUCUAAAGUGAUGUUUUGUACAUUGAUAUUCAACCAAUUAUUGUACAGAAAUUGAAGCGCUCAUGUUUUUUUUUUCUAAUUUAUUUGUUCAGAUCUUGUUCUUCUUAACUGACAGCAGCUUUGUAUUGAAAUGGACUCCGGUGUUGUGUAUUUUUUUGGAGCAACAAGCAUGUGUUGUUGAUGACUAGGAAUGCAUGUUGAGGAGGAAAAAAGUUUUGUAAAAAAAAACUUUGUUUCAUGUUGAAAGGGAUUUUUCUUUUCUUGUUGUUGGUGUGGGAAUUUAAGAGUAUUUAAAAUCAGCUUUGUACAUUUUUCCAACAGAACCCUGUACAAUGAUUAAUUGUAAGUAAAAAAAAUUGUAAGUAAAAUAUGUUUGUUGUACAA